AUGCGAGGCCCAACGCCUCUUCUACGGACGGCGCGGCGCGUGCGGCUCCAGACGCCCACCUUUGUCUGCCGAAAAUGCCGAGCAAUUCAAAUCAGCGCGGCGCCCAGUACCGACGCCUCGCAGGGUGAGGGGGGUGGUGCCUUUGGAGCUUCCGUCGGCGCCAGAGACAUGGCCGAUGCUCGGUUCGAGGUUCUCGGGUCGCCCUACUCGCUCCUCUCCGUCACCCUCUCCGCCUCGCAGACGCUCUACACCCGGAGGGGUACGCUUGUCGCCGUGGCCGGCAAGGCAGAAAAUGCGCAAUCGACCCUGUCGCUGCUGAACCCGACGACGCGAGCCCUCCUCGGCGUUCCGUUCCUCUACCAGCGCAUAUCCGCCACGUCGCCCAUCACGGCGCUCAUCUCGACGAAAUCGCCGACGACGACGUUUACCGUGCUGCACCUGGACGGCACCACCGACUGGAUGGUCUCGCAGCGAAACGCGCUGCUCGCCUGGACGGGCCAUACGCUGUCGCCGUCGUCGCGGAUCCAGAGGGGGCUGUCGGUCGCUCACUGGGGCAGCACCCACCUGACGGGUCGCGGCUUGGCAGCGCUGUCGGCGCCGGGCCAGAUCUACCAGCUGACGCUCGCCGAAGGGGAGGAGUUUGUCGCUCACCCGGGCGGCGUCGUCGCCUACGCCGUGUCGAGGAACGAGCCGCAGGCAUUCCGGUUCAAGAGCUCGAGCUUGCGUAUCCAGGUGCCAUCGCUGACGUCGUGGGUGCCCUCGUCGGAGUUUAUGAGGAACAUGCGCAAGACGGAGACGUACGAGUUCCUAGCGCGCAUGCUCUUUCGCUUGCGGACGGCGGCGCGGCGCACCAUCUGGGGCGACCGCCUGUUCCUGCGGUUUCGAGGGCCGACCACCCUUUUGCUGUCGAGUCGCGGCGUGCGCGUGGCCGACGUGCUGUCGAACGAGCAGGUGAACGAGAUUGCCGACUCGCCGGGAGGUGCGCUGCCGCACGCGCUGCAGCGGGCGGGCUCGGAGCAGGAGAGGAAGACGCAGGCUGCGGCCGCGACGACGGCGGUCGAGACAAAGGUCGGGGGCGGUUUGCACGUUGCCUCCGUUCGGCGCGACGGCAAGGUGACGUUUGAGGAUGCCAAGGACCUCAAGGAGUUUGUACGUUGA